UUUCAAUUGGUUGGGGAGCCCAUGACAAGCACACCCAUCCUACUCUGAAGAGUAUUAGUGCCAGAUGUGGAAAGUAACCCAAACUCUGGGUUCAGUGGUGUUUAAAUUGUUAGUUUAUACUGAAAUUUAUAUCUAGCUAUGAGUAGUAGGGUAAUGGAGUCCCAGUUGCGUCAAAACUUUCAUUGUGAAUGCAUGGCUGCCAUCAAUCAGAUGGUGAACUUGGAACUGUAUGCUAGCUAUGUAUAUCUCUCUAUGUCCUGUUACUUUGACCGUGAUGACGUGGCCUUGAGGCACAUGGCCCAGUUCCAGAGGAAGCAGUCCCACAAGGAAAGGGAACAUGCAGAGAAGUUCCUGAAAUACCAGAACAGACAAGGAGGACGUAUUAUCCUGCAGGACAUAAAGAAGCCAGAGCGGGAUGAGUGGGGGAACAGCCUGGAGGCUCUGCAAUGUGCCCUCCAGCUGGAGAAGACUCUGAACCAGGCCCUGCUGGACUUGCACAAGCUGGCUACAGAGCAGAAUGACCCUCAUCUUUGUGACUUCCUGGAGUCUGACUACCUGGAGGAGCAGGUGAAGGCCAUCAAGCAGCUGGGAGACCACCUCACCAACCUGAAGCUCUUGGGAAUGCCCCAGAAUGGCAUGGGAGAGUACCUGUUUGACAAGCACACUCUGGGGGAGAGCAGCUGAACUUCAUGGUGUAGAACCAGUCCACGGUGCUGGCUCACCAGUGCAUGGAUGUAUUGCCUUAUUUGCAAUGUAUGAAAAUAAAACAGGGUGUUCACCUGUGGCUCGUCUGACUUGACU